UUUAAUAAGUGGUUAUUAAAGAUAAAAUGGCUACCUACAGCCUUCCUUCUUCACUCUCUUCCUCCUCCUCUUCUUCCGAUAAAGACAAUCCUUCAACCAGUGGGGCUGUCUCAGAAAGUGAUCCUAAUCGCCAGCCUCAGGCAAAGAAAAAGAAAUACUUCAGCAGAGAGCUAAGAUAUAUGAUGCAUGGCUUUGGAGAUGAUCCAGUCCCUUAUAGCGAAACUGUGUCUAUGCUUGACGACAUGGUAGUCCAUUUCAUAACAGAGAUGACAUCAAAUGCUUUAGAAGUCGGUAAAAAGGGAAAGAUACAUGUUGAAGACAUACUCUAUUUGACGCGUAGAGACCCCAAAAAGUAUUCUCGUAUCAAGGAACUCCUCCAGAUGAACGAAGAGCUCAAACAAGCGAAAAAGUAUUUUGAGAACACGCAAGAGGACAUUUAGCAAAACUACAUAUACAACAUUCAAAUCUCAGUAUUAAUAAUAAUAAAAUUAUUUAUAAGUAUUAUUAUAAUUAUGAAUUUGAAAGUAUUGCAUCAACAUCUACAUUGAGUUUAUCUUUAUC